UGCAUAAGUGCAUGUGCAUUUCGUUAAGUAUUAUUCUCAAUAAUAAGUUAGACGAUAACCCCAAACAAAUGUUCUGGAUGAAAAGAAGAAUUGUAGUUGCCGUUCUGGCAUCUUAUGGUUUCUUCAAUGUUUAUGCUUUUAGAACAUGUCUAAGUGUAGCUAUUGUGGCAAUGACAACAACUAAGACUACUGUUUUGGGUAACAUAACAGUAUUCGAAGAACCAGAAUUUGACUGGAAUUCAAAACUUCGAGGUUAUAUACUAAGCUCCAACUUCUAUGGAUACACGGCAACUCCUAUUUUUGGAGGCUGGCUGUCCACUAAAUUUGGAGGAAAACAUGUCUUCGGAGUUGCAAUCAUUGGGACAGGAAUUCUUAAUUCCUUGAUCCCAUUGUCGUCUGGAAUUAGCGUAUAUCUCCUAAUAUUUGUUCGAAUUCUUCAAGGAAUGUUCGAGGGACUUACUCAUCCCGGUAUAAACGCAAUGUGGUCUAAUUGGGUACCACCUUUAGAACGUACAACGGUAGUAACAAUAGCUUUAACCGGUACUCACGUGGGUACUAUUGUUUCAAUAGUAGCAAGUGCUUGGCUGACAGAUACAUUUGGAUGGCCUACUCCUUUUUACGUCUUUGGUAUCAUUACUUUAAUUUGGUUCAUUCUUUGGUUGUCGUUUAUCGGAGAAACACCAGCUGAUGAUAAGAAAAUUUCCGUACUUGAAUUAGAGUACAUUCAAAAGUCUGUAGGAAAUGCUCAAACUAGACACAAUGUAAACAUACCGUGGAAAGCAAUUUUAACGUCAGUUCCAGUCUGGUCUAUCAUCGCAGCGGGUUUUGCAGAUUAUUGUAUUACUUAUAUAAUUUUAACAGAACUUCCAACUUAUCUAAAUGAUAAAUUCAAUAAUAGUAUUUCAAAGACUGGAUUAUUUUCCGCAUUACCACAUUUGGCGAAAACUGUCAUGAAUCUACUUUCGGGCAAAACAGCGGACUGGUUACUAAAGAAGCAGAUAUUCACUACAGUCCAAGUUAGAAAAAUUUUCACCUGUGGUGCAUUUAUAGCUGAAGCAAUGCUUCUAGUAGUUACAAAUUAUGUUUCUUCAUUUGUAGGAACCAUACUUUGUCUGACUGUAAGUGUUGCUAUAGGUGUGUGUUCUCAGUCAGGAUAUAGAGUGAACAUUCUUGAUAUAGCGCCUCAACAUGCUGGUGUCCUUGCAGGAUUUACCAAUACUAUGGACACUACUGCAGGAAUUUUUGUUACUACUCUUACCGGUUACAUUGUAACCGGAGAGUCAGUGAAUCAAUGGCAGAUAGUGUUUAACACAAUAAGUGUGAUACUUGCAGUUGCAUCUGUUCUGUAUGGUUUCUUAGCUAAAGGGGAAGUACAAAUUCAAUAGUCCAGGAAACUCAACCCAAUCAGAAUAAUUGUCAGCACCUUUCGACAUCAAAUCACGUCCAGGCAGAAUCCAGCUAUCACAAACCAUUUUCUGUCUAUACAUUUUAACA